AGAAGGAAUGGGGUAGUGAAACAAAAGGGAGGCACUACUCCCUUAUGUAAUGGAGUGUGAAAAAUCAAUUUUUUAUAUAUGGAUAAUACCGGAGAGAUUAUUCUCACAAGAUUGAGGCUUGGGCACUGCAGUUUCGCAAAUAACCAGGCCCAAAUAUCGAUAUGACCUGUGUGCUCAAUGUAAUAAAACAGAGUCAGUUGCACAUGUGCUAUUUGAAUUUAAGGAAUAUGUUGAUGCCAGAAAGAAGCUCUUUAUAGAAAAAAACAUCGUCUUGGACACCCAUCAGUGUCUUUGAGAACUACGCUGAAUCCAGAUAGAUGCAAAAAGAAAAAAAACACAGAAAUUGAGCUAGUGCUUGAGUUUGUAGUUAAAAAUUUAGUGUUAUCAAAUGCAAUUCCUAGGGCAAGUGGAGGGGGCAGAAAUACGCCUAAGGUCUGUAGUCUGCCGGAAAGCAAGAAGAAGACUCUCCGACAUCAAACAUGGCUGCCUCCAUACGCGGCGCUGUGAAGGUUUUCUGUCGUUUGUCGCCUUCACUUAAGUUCUCACUCCGGCAGCACCAGGUAUUUAUCUUGAACUGAUAUAUCAACAAACUCCGACUGCAGUGUACAGAUAGUAGUUAGAUUGUUUUUGUCCGUUAAAUCAGAGGAAAUGCACCUGUGUAUAACACGUUAGCUAGUGAGCUCUCGGCGACGUCAUUUUAAUAAUAAAAAUAAUCGUGAAUCAGUUUAAGCUGAAAGUUUGAAAAUACUACAGCAAUUAGUACAGUAAUGUUCCUCUGUUUAAUGAUAAUAUUUAUUACAACAAUAAUAUAGAAACAAACUGACAACAGAAGGUGUUCAUUUUGUGAUAAGGAUGAUGAUGAAGCUCCCAAUGUGAUCCUUUCUGACUGUCAGUCCUGUCUGCAGAGGUUACCUGUGGGUGUACCUGUACCAGGUGUGAUUCUACCUCCAUGCCGGCUCUACUGCGAAGUGGACUCUCUGGUUGACAAAGAUGCUGCUGAGGCUACCGAGACUUUGUCCAGGUACAAAGAGCGUCCAUGGGAGUACCUAGACAGUGAAGGUGAGCUAAACAACACUUAGGGUUCACCUGUUUUUUACCUGUCACCUGAGUUUAACUCUGACCCCCCUCCGUCCUGCAGAGUACACAGAUAGGUAUGGAUCAGGUCCGGUGUGGGCAGGGUACAGGAGGAACCACAAAGGAGGAAUCCCCCCACAGAAGACCCGCAAGACCUGCAUUGUAAGACCUCUAUCCAUAAAAGCAUUAACCUGUAUACACGUGUGCCUCAAUACACCUAAGCCUUAACACACCUGAGUCUCAAUCCUGUUAUUUACGGUCAGUUAUCUGUAUUUCUGUCUGUUAAUUUCAGAACGUUAUUUACCAUCUGUUGUUUUCUAUAUGUUAUCUACUGUCUGUCAUUUUCUAUCUGUUAUUUACCGUCUGUUAUUUCCACAGAGAGGAGAUAAAGUUAGUGGUAAUCCGUGUCCAAUCUGUCGGGAUCCAAAUGUGAUGAUCCAUCACCAGGUGAGCCCUCACUUCUUAGUCUCUCUCCAUCUUAGGGUCACAGGAACAGCUGUCUGUUUCAGGUCCUGGUUCUGCUCAGGGGUUCAGAUUCCUGUCUGUUUGCAGCUGUCCGCUCUGGUGAUGAUCAAAACUGUGUAAAACACCUUUUAAAAUAGGAAGUUCAGAAAUAAGCAGUUAAGAAGGAAAAUCCUCUGACUGAAACUUUUUAUAAAACAGUUGUUGGACUUCAUAGGACAGAGUCUGUUUCUAAUCAUAAUCAGAUUUAAACAGAGACUAUAAAUGUAAAGAUUCUUUUUUAUUUCGAUAUAUCUGUGAAUUCAACAAUUAUUUAAUCUCAGAUAUAUUUGAUUAAUUUGAUUUAAGGGUCAUUAAGUCAGGUUUAAUAAUUCAGCUUUAGUAGGAUCCGACUAACAGCUAAGUACACAUCUACAGCUGAUCCUCAGCUAGUAAUCACAGGCAACUAACCUGUUCUAAGCUUGUCUGUGUCUGUUUUAGUGAGUGUCAGUGUCUGUGUUAGUCACUUUCUGAAUGACUGUUUGUAUUAGUGAUUGUCUGUGUUAGUGACUGUCUGUGACUUUCUGCAGAAUGUGAAGCUGCUGCAGCAGUUUAUCAGCCCUUACACCGGAGAGGUGUACGAUCCCACCAGGACAGGUGAGUCCUGGAGUAAAAGUGUAAUGAUUAAUGAUUUAAUGGUGAAUAAAUGUUUGUCAAGUUGAUCAAGUCUCAGCUCUCCCUCCUUUUUUCAUGUUCGUCCUCAUAAAUCAAUCAUCAUAAAACAAUUCAUUGUUAGCUGAUCGUUCGCUGACAUGCUCAUUAAGAGCAGCGUACCUUUUAUGUGUAAGUGACCCAAAUAAGGUCAUUUUCCUCUUUUACUUUCCUAAAGGAUAGUCCAGUGUAUUCUAUGCCGAAGGAGGUGAAAAGGAAGCAGUGAAGCUCCUUGUCCUUAUUUGGAGGAUUGAAACAGCUAUCAUUGCCAACCCUUUCAGACUCCAUGUCAUUUCAAACCCAACAGGACUUACAGUUAUUAUUAAACUGCUCACUGUGCAUCUAUGUGUGUGUGUUUUCAGGUGUGUGUAUGAAGCAACAUAAGAAACUGUCUGAGGCGAUCAGCACAGCAAGAGAUCACGGUAAUCAAAGAGUUUAUUAUAAACCAACCUUAAGGGGUUUCUGUUCACCUGAGAAGCUAUUAACGGGUUAGACUCUGUACUGCUGCCUGCUGGCUGCAGGAACACACAGCAGCCUGUGAAUUACCAUAAUGACCUAAAAAUGACAUGAUUUUUCCUCUGAAUCCUCGGAAACAGUGAAACUCUGAUUUCACUCAUUAAAAGCUAUUGAACUAUUUUGGCAGCGCCACUUGUCUGCACAGCGAGGUAUUGUGAGUGUAGAGCUGUAACUGUUAGAGCAGCAGGUCAGUAAAGGGUUAAGAGAGAUAGUGAGUAAAGUGAUGUUGUAUAUUUUGGUCAUUACGGUAAUAACAGACCUUUUUUAAUGUUGAAUUACUACUAGGGAUCUGUCUUUAUUUAUGGAUCACACUGAUAUUAAUAAUUGAUCAAUAACUUGAGGAUUAUUAACUUUCCCCCCAGGUUUACUCCCCUUUCAGAUUCCAUAUGUGGACUUCACAGGUGAAGAAUACUCCAACUCCCAUGAUGCAGUGGGCUUGACCCCCUUUCCAGCCUCCAUGACCAUGGGUGAGAGUUGGUACACCUGGUACAGUGAAAUCACACCUGAUGAGAAGGAGGUGGCCAAGGUGAGGAAAACCUACAGAGCCUACCUGAAGAGGUGAGGAAGACCUACAGAGCCCACCUUAAGAGGAGUCGUGGUAAUGAGGAGGAGGAGGAAGAAGAAGAUUGGUGUGUCUUCUGUGCUGUUUAUGAAGUUCAUUAUGUUUAAAGUUGUUACUGUGUGAAUAAAGAGUCAGUUCACUCGCUGA